GUUCCGUUCAUCAUCACCGAUCAGGCUAAUCUCCAUUACCUCUUUCCGACGCUCUUCACACUCUCCUCGUGGUUGUCGUCGCAAUCGCGACCGCCCACCAACACGUCUUGCGACAUCAAGUCCGAGCGGAGCCGGAUCCCGAACCUCGUUCCCCAGAUCACUUGCGGGUGUUGACAUAAAGAGGAACGUUCAAGCUAAUCGGCUGCGCGUGAAGCGAUGCGUGAAUCCAACUUCGCGUUCCCUGUGCAGAACAGGGCGUGUGUAUGCAUAUCAUCUCAACUUUAUGAUCGACGAGCGCUCGAUACGACUUCGCCACUACCUCUGUUCAAUUCCUUGUCUCAUCUCACCUACCUCACCUCCACAUCCCCUCGUAUACGGGAGAUCAUGACCGUUGACGGAGGCCUGGAGCGACUUGUGCAUCUUCUCCUUGACUUUACACUUUCACCGCCACCACCGACGAACCCUUCCCUAAUCUAUGGACUCUCGCUGGCAACCGCCACCACCCCUCCACGGCAACCUGUCCUGAACCCAAGCUCGUACGACAAACACGCUGCAUACCGGUUCUCCCUAGCUUUCCAAUGCGUGGUCAAUAUCGGGGUCAGAGGCAGCGAACCUAUCCGUCAGCGUGUGGUGCAGGCUGGGACGCUGGAUGUCGUCGGGCGAAUACUCGAAGCUUGGUUGGCUAGCAAGGGCUUUGCUGUCGGGCCCGGCAUAGUUGGCAAUGGAAGGGAGACGCGAAAUCAGAGACAAGCUCGAAGGCAGCAACAGCUUGAACAACGUCAAAGGGAGCAGGCUGUGGCGUUGGCGCGCGCUUUGCAGAGGGAAGUUGCUCUGACGUAUGAAAGAAUCUCGAUGCAGGGUGGUGUAGCAGCCCCGGUGGAGAGCGAGACUAUCAUUAUAUCGCCUAGGGUGGAAGAACCUUUAUCCUCAGCAUCAUCUGGUACAACGUCAGGCGUUACAUCCGAUGCUGAGACUCCGAAUGGAUCGAGCACACCCACUGGCUCCGUGGAAGUGUUUACACGCGACAGGAGCGGUACCAUCCUAGCCCGCCCUGUAUGGGAUCAACCACCGAACAACGCCGUGACACGGAACAUGCCCCCGAUGCAAGCCGUAGCUCGUGCAACGAGCCGUGCCAACACCAUCCGGGCCUCAGCCUCGAACACUCGUCGCGCACUUCCUCAUCGGAUGCGGGAUAGCAGCGGCGGGCCCUCGGCGGGAUCGCGGCCUGAUCCCGACGUCGAAGAAGAUGGCGAUGUUGAGAUGUCAGACCAAUCCCGCGUGGUCUCUGACAGUGAAGUCGACCCGGAGACGUCCCGGGAUCCCAGCCCGAACCCAGAGGCGGGGCCAGAUCGCACCCGAGUACCCAUUUCCCCUCAGCACGUUCGUCGUGCCGUCGGAAUCGUCAACGAUACAGCCGCAUCGGAGCUGGAGAUGAAUCUCGACCCGGACGCUCAUAUCAUUAUCACGGCCGGCGAAGGAGGAGUAGGGGUUGGAGUUGAAGAGGGCAUCGUCAGCCUGGAACAGAACGACGACUUCGCCCUGGGAGCGCCUCCUGGGGCCCCUGGGGCGAUAGAGAUGGGGACACAGACGACUCGAACGCAAACGCCGGAAGUAAUGAGCGAACCUGAGGUUGAGGUCGCUACGACCCCUGCCGAUGGAGGAGAUGGCCGAAGGAUGGCAACGGACGCGACCCCUCGUGCUGUCCCUAUCGCUCUUCCGGGUAGCGUUCCGCCUCUCCCCGCUACAGCAGGCGAAGCAAACACCUCCCUUUCCACUCCGUCACGGAUGCAUACAGUACACCUCAGCGACGCCGGCACUACGACUACUAAUGCCACUAUUGACGCGACACCCACAUCCACCACCACUACCGUUAACCGCUCUCCCGUCCUGAAUAACGCCGCCGCCGCCAACAUGACCACCGGUCCUGGAACCGGGACGAACACCACAGCUACCGCGACACCACAUAACCACCCACAUCACCAUCACCACCGGGAGUCCGACGGACCCUACCGUGACGAAGAUGUUCUCCUUAGUUUGCAACUCCUUGCCUACCUCAGCAAAUACCCUCAUGUACGCCAGGCGUUUUACAAGCCGCGCGUCGCCUUCCACCCGGCCACCGCCGGGCAGGUGAACCCACCAGAAUCUGCAGCGCAGCCCAGUAAGGCUGCUGUCUUCACAGGCAAAGACGGGCAGACGACGACUCAGGGCUCUGGCUUCUUCAAGGCGUUCAGGUCUGAGACGAAAAACAAGGGCAAAGCGGCGGCGACUGCCGCCUCUGCUGCAGCCAACCCCGCUUCCGGUGGGGCGGUAUCGUCGCAGGCCCAGGCUUCGUCAUCUGCGCCUCCCCGUAUGACCAACGUUUUCGCACUGGUGGAGCGAUUUACCUUCCGGCCGAGCUCGAUAGAGACCGAAUCUCCUAAUCCACCGCCCAUGUUACCAGCCGAGAUUCAGUACUGGGCUGGGGUCAUCAUGCGUAACGCGUGCAGGAAGGACGAGAGUCGGGGUGGCAUUCGUCAAUGCGCCAACAUGCUUUGUGGACGGUGGGAGAGCUAUCCUCGAGAAUUCGCUAAGUGCCGGCGGUGUCGGAAGGCGAAAUACUGCGGGAAGGAGUGCCAGAGCACGGCGUGGAGCGAGGGUCACCGCUUCUGGUGCAGCGCCAAGGACGGAGACGAAGACCCACACCACAACGGCAAUACUGAGCCGGGUGAGGAUGGUCGGGACGGGGCUCGACGAGGUCGGGGACAUGAAGGAGAGAGCACGCGCAGCGUUCGAUCCGACGUGACAGUCACCACUGGUGCACGUAGUAGGGAGGUUACAGCUACGAAUGCGGGCACGCAGACGACGACUGCCGGAACUGCCAGGGACACCCGUCGACAAGCAGCGCAACCCCCUCUGCUGCCUGGCCAAACCCCAGCGGCCAUCGCCGCCGCUUUUCGAACAAUGGGGAAUCCUAACGUAAUGCUUGGCGACUGGCCGAGGAGAGGCAUGACUCCUGAAGACGCGCUGCGCCGAGCAAUGAUGCAACUCGCACCUCGGCGUGGCGAUUUGGAUGGUGCGCCCACCCAGGACAACACCACCCCUGCCAUAAGACAAGAGGUUGCUAUGCAGAUUGAGACUACUCGAACGAUCACUGGCACUCCGGAGAUGGACCAGGACGGCGAUGAUGGUGUUACGUUUCGGGCGGCGAACAUGGUGGUGGAGGAGGACUCUGUAGCGGCAGCCUUCUCUCCCUCCGACGACGCGAUGAUGCUCGAUUGAGUAUGGUGGACACGUCCCUUCCCUGCCGCUCCUUCAUAAGAUGAUUUAAUGUUUCCUAUAUUUCAGACAUUUUCUCUUGACUUCUCUGGAUACACCGCACGCUCUCUCGUCAUUCAACACCUACACCCAUGACCAUCCUUGUCCACCCUCUCGCACAUACUCUGCGGUCAACUCGCACAACCUCCUGCUACCCAUUUCGCUCGCUAGGGCUAUCUGAUUGACAUAGUUUCACAUGUUCUCGCAAUGUUCCAUAGCAUGUCUAUAAUCCGAACCAAGCGCAAUACAUAUCAUCCCGAG